AUGGAGGAAUUUGCUCGCAUUCAAGAGAAAUAUAGCGCGGAAGCCCAAAAGCGUCUCCGACCUGAAGGUGCUGCUCAGUUUCAGACACUGGCACAAAGCGACUCCGAUCAGUUGCGUCAUCUCGCUGACGAUUUCUGGGCUGAUCACGCUGCCUUAGAUGCGCUACCGUCACCCCUUAAACCUGGCGACUCUCCUAAGUUUCUCAUAGCAGGAGCAGGGAUAGGCGGUCUCGGGGCUGCGGUCCGACUUAUCGAGGCCGGCUUCUCGGUAGAUCAGAUUCGGAUUAUAGAGACAGCUGGCGGCAUCGGUGGCACGUGGUAUUGGAAUAGGUAUCCGGGACUACAUUGCGAUGUCGAAUCUUAUGUUUACCUGCCACUAUUGGAGGAGACAGGAUUCGUACCCUCUCAGAAAUAUUCUUCUGGAAUUGAGAUAAGGAACUAUCUGCAGCAGGUUGUGAAGAAAUGGAAUCUCGAGGAUAAAAUUCUGUUCAGAUCUAAACUUGACAAGAUUGAAUGGGAUGAUAGUGCUCACGUAUGGAAUUGUGAUAUCACUACUGGAAGGGGACCACGAGGAGACGAAAAGACGACUUUUCAGGCAAAGGCAGAAUUUGUUUGGGUAACUGCUGGGUUAUUGAGUAAGCCCCAAGUACCGAAGCUCUCCGGCGUUGGGAUAGAGGGGUUUAAGGGUGAUGUUUUCCACACAGCGCGGUGGAACUACGAUACCACCGGCGGUACACAGGAGGAAGUCUUCCCAGACUUAUCCAAGUUGAAAAAUAAAAGGGUAGGUGUUGUCGGAACCGGUGCGACAGCGAUUCAAGUUGUACCAUGCCUGGCCGAAUACGCAAAGGAGUUAUAUGUAUUCCAACGUACCCCUGCCGCAGUUUACGGUCGUGGCCAGAAACCGACCGACCCAGAGGAAUGGAAGAAGAUUGCUGGCCAGCCCGGUUGGCACGAGGCUCGCCGGCAGAACUUAGCAGCGAAUAUAUCCAAUUGUGCUCCGCCUGGAACCCCGGACUUGGUCGAUGAUGAAUGGUCUCGACAGGUUGCUUACGCGGGCCUAAUUGGCGACCCGGAGUUUGCGUUUGUGUCACCGGAGAAGAUCCCCGAGGUUAUUGGUCAAUUUCUAGCUCGAGACGCACCAAAUGCGGCGCGGCUGCGGGCACGGAUCGCCGAGAUCGUCAAGGAUAAAGAGACAGCUGAGAAGCUUACGCCGUGGUAUCCAGUUUGGUGCAAGCGACCUACUUUCAGCGACACGUACUUGCAAUCAUUUAACAAACCUAAUGUUCACCUUGUCGACACGGACGGCAAGGGAGUUGACAGCGUAACGUCUGAAGGCCUCGUCGCUAACGGCCAAGAGAUCCCCCUUGAUGUCAUCGUGUUUAGCACGGGGUAUCGCGGACCAGGUGCAGAUGGAGCAGAUCCAUCUAUUCGCGCCGGCCUCAAGGUGCAUGGCCGUGGUGGAAAGACUGUCGCGGAGUCCUGGGCAGAUAAAGGUAUUGCUACGCUUCACGGCUAUGCGAACCACGGUUUCCCAAAUCUAUUUUGGCUUUCCCCCCUACAGUCCGGUGUCAGCGUUAAUCACUCACAUGUGCUCGAUGUGCAGUGCAAGCUCAUCGCAUACGUAGCGGCCACAGCUCACCAGAAAGCAGGCGGUCUGAACAAGAGCGGGGUCACGGUGGAGGUUGAAGAGGCCGCGCAGGAGGCCUGGAGCAUGAAGAUCAUGCAGGGGGCGGCUCGGUUCGCGACCGUGACGGUCUGCACACCGAGCUAUAUCAACAACGAAGGGAAGGCAGUCGAUCUGACGGCUAGCCUCGAGGAGCAGAUGAAGCGGGCGCGAGCGUCGCCCUACAGCGCAGGUCUUGUUGAGUACAUUCGGGAGUUGCAAGAAUGGCGCGAUGAAGGUAACUUGAAGGGUAUUGAAGUCACCGCCUCGUGA